AUGUGCAAUACCUAAUAAAUACUUAAAAUAAAUCAAUGCAAUUUUAAUGACUAUAGUUUAUUGAUUUUUAAAACUUUUGAGUUAAAUCCCCAUAAUGCAAUAAGUCUUUUAUUUUAGUUUUGGAGGUAUUUAUAAUUCCAUAUUUUAGAAUUGAUGAUUGGUAUAAUUAUUAAUUUUAUGUUUAUGCUGAUUACUAAAUUAUUCACUAAGCUAGUUAUUCUCAUAGUUCAAGUUAAAAAAAUUUAUGCGAGGAUAAUGCUGUAAAAGACGAGACUUUCUUAAUAUCUAAAACAUUAGAGCAUUCAAGUCCAACUGUUACAAUAAUGAUUGUUGCUUAACGUGGAGUUUGGGGAAUUUCAAAUUUUGAGUUAUCUAUUGAGUAAUGCCCUACAGGAUGCAAUUUUUGUUACAAUGAAAAAUGUUAUGAUUACUAGUUAAUUAUUGAAUAGUUUGUUAUGAGAACAAUUUCUACUGUAAGUAAUUCAGAGGGUUGGUCAUAUAAUAAUUUAGUUUCAACAUCUGCAUCUUUUUGUAUAGGUAAUAUUAUCAAUAAAGUAGAUUAUUUCUUUACUUAUGUUUCUGGAACUUAUUUAGAAAAAGUAAUUUAAUUGGAUAAUCACUCAACUAUAAGCUUUUAAUUAAAAGUUAUCAUUAGAAAUCCGAAUCCAACAGAAAUUAAAGUAAAAAUUGAUGACAAUCUUGUAUAUACAACUCAGUAUAAUGAAGGAUGGACAUAAUAUCCUUUUGGGUUAUGUUAAUAUAUAUCAUUAAAUUCUAUUAUAAUAAUGGAUUAUAUUCAUUCAAGUUCAUCAAUAAAGAUUACUGUUGAAGGUAAUAGUUUUGUAUAAUUGAUUGGAAUUAGAGAUUUUCAAUUAUAUAUAAAUAAAAAAAGUAAUAAUAAGAUAUGUAUGGAUAACAACAUAAAUGCUUUUGAUGGUUGUUUUGCCUUUGAAUAUGAUUGUGUUGAAGGUUGUAAAAAUUGUUUAUAAGGUAUUUGUUUUGAUUGCCAGAUUGGAUGGGAAUUUAGAAUAAUAUAAUUAGAUUGUGUUCCUAUUUGUGGAGAUUAGAUAAUCACUCAUUUAGAAGAAUGUGAUGACGGUAAUACUAUUCCUUAUGAUGGUUGUCAUUAAUGUACUUAUUCAUGUCCAUUAAAUUGCUUAUAAUGUAGAUUUGGAUAUUGUUUAUAAUGUGAUUCUUAAUUUAGAUUGUCUUUCAAUAAAAAAUAAUGUAUAUCUAUUUGUAAUAAUGGUCUAAUUACUCCAUUUAAGUAUUUCAAUAAUUAUAAUAAUAUUUAAUAAGAUGAAUGUUAUAAUUAUAAUAACAGCUGUUAAAUAGAAUGUUAGCUUUGCAAUUAUAAUUAAUGUGUUCUUUGUUUAGAAGGUUGGAUAUUAAUGGAUAACAAAUGUUAUUAGUAAUGUGGAGAUGGAAAGGUAGCUUUAUCAUCAAUAGAAUAAUGUGAUGAUGAUAAUCAAAUAGAAAAUGAUGGAUGUUUUCAAUGUUAAUAUUAAUGUAUUCCUAAUUGUUUUUAUUGUAUUGAUAAUAAUAAUUGUUUUAUUUGCAAUGAUUAUUUUAACUUGAAGAUAAUUUAUGUAAACCUAUAUGUGGAGAUGGUAUAGUUAUUAAUGGAUUUGAAGAUUGUGAUGAUGAAAAUAAUGAUCCAUUAGAUGGAUGUCAUUAAUGUUAAUUCUAAUGUUCAUAUGGUUGUAUUACUUGUAAAAAAGAAAAUAUAUGUAGUUAAUGUGAUAAUCUUAGUAUUUUAGAUAAUACAACUAUGCAAUGCAUACAACUAUAAUUAGAAGAAUAAGAAUUAAAUUAAGAAAUUAUACUUUAAAGUAAUAUAAGUGAUCUAAAUCUUAUACAAUUAUGUGGAGAUGGAAUAAUCAAUUCUUAAAAUGAAUAAUGUGAUGAUGGGAAUAAUAUUCCUUUUGAUGGAUGUUCUAAUUAAUGUUAAAUAGAAAAAGAAUGGAAUUGUUAAAAUAAACUAACACAUAGUGAAUGCUUUAUUCUUACUUCUUUUACUUUAACAUUAUAAAAUAAUAAAAAUUCAAUCUAAUAUGUUUCAUUAUCUUUUACUAAUAAAGUUCGUUUAAAAGAGUAUACAACAUCUUUUGUAGAUAAUAUCAGAUAUUUUAUUUAAAACAUUCCUUCACAAUAAUACAGUAUUAAAGUUAAUGAAGUAAUCUCAAUAGAUCAAUUUAAAUUACUUUAUCCAAUCUAUGAAUUUGAAAUAUAGUUUUAUUAAUCAUAGGUUGAUUAACCAAUAUUAAAAGUAUCCAUUAAUGAAAAUUUAUUAGAUUUAAAUGAUUUUUAAUUAGAUACCAAAUCAAAAAGUAUUAAUUUAUAAAUUCCAAGAAUUUUGA